ACGUCAAAGUCAAACACUGCUGAUGUUUAUUUUUAUUAAAAAAAUAACAAUAAUUUAGUUUCUUCAUGGCUUAUUUGUUCAUUAUCAAAAAGUUAAAUGAAAUAGAUGAUAAAUAACAAGUGUAAUUAUCAAAAAUGUCGACGGAAUUGGAAGAAAACGAGGUCCAUAUUGAGUCUGUUGACGUCAAUGAAAAAGUGAAAGAAAAUGGAUCAAUGGGCGAAACUAUUUGUGAUUCGGGGCUGGACACGUUAGACUCGUGUUCUGCCGCCUUCCCAGCUUCUGAUUCCGAGCUAUCUCCGAUUAAAAAUAUAAUAAACCAUGAUUUGGGCAAUGGAACGUCCACGGACAGCCUAUCCAACGAGAGUAGUCUUUCCAGCCCAGGGUCUGAAGACGGCGUUACUAACAAUUUAAAUUUCGAAUUUCCUCAAAAAACCGAUGUCGAUUUAGCCAAAGAAUUAAUCAUGAAUUGUAUAGAAAGUAUGAAUAUUGAUGAGACAGAUGGAAAAAUUGAUCAAAAUGGUGAAAUAACUGAUUUUAAAGACACAGAUUAUAAUAAUGUAAAUAGGCCUCUAACUACAUCGACUGUAAGUCUCAACGAGCAUAAAUGUUCUGAAAACAAUGUCAUGUGUAAAUCUCCUUUUAGUAAAAGUGCUGAAAAUAUCUCAAACAUAUCAUAUACAGUACCAAUCGAAAAUGCAAGCUUAAAUUCUAGUGACAAAGAAUUGAAUGCUGACAAAAUACUCUCAGACUUUGCCAGCCAAAAAACUAAAGUUAGCGCUGUUCAUAAAAUACCUGAAAACCUAGUAAAUAUAGAUCCUAAAUACACAAGAAUACCAAAAGAGUUAUUAUCUCAAGAUAUAGGUAGCAUAGUUAAGAACGUACACGGUAUAUUUUCAUCCGUUAGUGGCAGCUUAAAAAGUGCCUACACCCACAGAACAAGCUACAAUCAGAAACCAGUAAAAAAUACCAAAAACCUGCCAAAUGGUAAACUAAUGAAUGAUAUAUUUGAAGAUGAGAAUGUAGACACCAAAACUGAAAUCCCAGAAAAAGUUGAAACAACUGAGCAUCAGGAAAUAAUUCCAAAUUCAAAUGUAGAGGUAGUAAUACCAAAGACAACUGAAGCAGACACCACAGAGGUCGGUGAUGCUAAAAAGGAUGUUAUGCGGUUACAAAUAGAGUCUUUGGAGAGAGUGCUGGCUGAACAGAGAAAGGAGAAUGCGUCCUUGAGGGAUAGAGUUAAACAGCAAUGUGAUGAGCUGCAGCAAAAGGAUAUGACCUUCAAAGAAUUGGAGGUCAAGUUGGAUAUGAUGGGCAAACGCGUAGACCACGCGGAACGCGAAAAAGACGCGGCAGUAAUGCGUUACGCGAGCGUAGAAUGCGCCGCUAUAGAAGCAAAGCGGGCGGCUGAAAAUGCUGCUAAAGCUGAGAAGGCGGCCCAGGGGGAGGUGGAACUCCUCAACGGGAAGCUCAGGUCGGCCCAUGCUGAGAAACAGAGGAUCUGUCAGUUGUAUGAUGAUAAGUGCCACGAACUAAUGAACAGCGAGCGUGAGCUAGCGAAGUUGCGCGAAGACUUGCGCGAGCUGGACGGCAGACUCAAGUGGACGCAGAGCAAGCUGCGGAUGGAGAUGGACGCUUAUAAGGAAACAUCAGAACGCGCAGAGAAACUUACCCAGCAGGUGACAGAGUUAGAAGCAGCUAAAGAGGCCGCCACUGCCAACGCUACCGACUCCGCUCGCGCCAAGCAACUAGAAGCAGAACUCAAAGAAAGCCAAGCCGCGUUAAUACUAUGUCGUCACGAACGAGACGAGUUAGAACGUCGUCUGACAUCCGCCACCCAGCAGUUAGACAGCUGCACGAGACAGCGGGACACCGCUAGCGCCGCCCUCGCUCGCUCCACUGCCGAGGUAGAACAACUAAAAGAGAGUAAUCUGCGUUUAGAAGAGGAGGCUGCGGAGUUAGCAGCUUUGAGGGCGAAAGCUGCUUUAGCGGACACUCUUAGUGCGCAGUUGCAGAGAGAAACAGAGCGAGCAACGCAAGCGGAAGAAGCAUUGAGCGUAGAACGAGCAGUCGCCGAGACCUGCGGCCGCAGAGAGGCCGCCGCCUUAGAGCAUGCCGCCAAGCUGACUGCCAACCACGUGGCUGUUAGCGCCGCUGCCAGUCGACAUGAGGCUGAGGCCCGAGCUUUAGGCGUAGACAAUGCAUCUCUUCGGGAACGUCUGGUGACGCUAGAGGGAGAGUGUACGCGACUGCACGCGGCUCUAGCCGAGGAGACCGAUAGGCGGAACAAGGAGAACAGAGUGCUGGCUAGGAAGGUGGCAGAGCUGACAGAAGAGUUGUCAGAAGCGAACAAGAAGUUGGAGUGGGAGAAGGGGGAGAAUGGAGUUCUCAAGAAGAAACAUACCAGUGCCAUAAAGGAAUUGAAUCGCGAGCUACAACGCGCUGUGAAGCGCUGCGAGCAGCUGGAAGCUAAACUGCCGCAACAGCUAGCGCCCUCUACGAGAACAGGGUCGGUAUCAUCACUCAGCAGCGGCGAGAGCGCUCCUCAUGAGGACAGGCUGCACAACGGACACAGCGACGCCUUACCCGAUAUACAGAUUAAAUAUCCAACUCUAUUCGGUAAAAUAUUCCCUAAGGUCCGUGAACCAGACCGUCAAACUCUCAUAGAGCGAAUAGUCUCCUUACAACGAGCAGCCGCCCGAAGGUCUGAGCGCUGCGAGUUCCUAGAGGAGCACUCGCGACAGCUCACCUCGGAGCUGAGGGCGAAGUCCCGGCUGCUGCGCCAUCUGCUGUGCACCCUGCCUGCUGGUGCCGUCGCCUCUAGUACCAGGGAUGAGAAUAAGAAAGAGAUAGCCCGUCUAGGCGGCGGCGCUAUGGCGGCGGUGUGGGGCGGCGACCCGACGGGGCUGCCCGCCGAGCUGUCGCUGGAGAUGACGCGGCGUCUGCAGGCCGUGCUCGAGGACACGCUGCUCAAGAACAUCACGCUCAAGGAAAACAUGGACACAUUGGGCGCAGAAAUAUCUCGACUAAAAGAACAAUUAAAGUCAGCCAGCGAGUCUAAAUGAACGAAAACUAUUAUAAAUACUAAAAUUUAAGUGAAAUCACAUUAAUUCCAUUGUUAUAUUAUUAUAUGGAUGACAUUCCAAAACAUGCCAAUGAUAAACAUAAGGCUUUUAUGACAAACUUUUUGGUCGCCAUUUUAGAAAAAAAAUACGCAUUUUUCAAAACUUUGACAUUCCUUCAAGUAUUUAUUUUAAUAUUGGUAAAUUAUUGCUUUAAUAAAUCUGUAUUUCAUUUGAUGUAAGUGUUUGCGCAAAAUUACAUGUUGCGCAAAUUAUGUGCAAAGAAUUUUACUUGCGCAAACUUUGCGCCAUAGCUCGUUAUACGUAUUGAAACCUUAUGGGAAAUUAGAAAAGAACAAAUUAAAAAAAAUAGUUUACAUGAGUAUUUUAGUUAGAAAUGGCGAUCUUUAAGUUAUUACGAAGCUUAUAAAUUCUUAUUAAAAAUUACUAUUAAAAUCAAUUAUAAAUGUUAUCCUACUCUUAAUGUAUGAUAAUAAAUUUUGUUGAAAUUAUUUAUUAACGGUUGUUCCCAAUAUUGUAUAGACCUUACUAGAAACAGAAUUCUGACAUAAGCCCCAUACAAGUAACGUCAAACUCCGAUCUCUAGUAAGCGAAACAGAUAGUAUAUUGGGACCGGCCGUAAAAGUACUGUAAAAAUUACGGACACGUUUAUGUAAAUGCAAUUUUAAAAUGAUUAAAUCAAAAUUGAUUAUUGCACUCAGCAGUGUAUUAUAAACUGAUCACAAAAAAUCUUCCUAUGAUAUAAAACUAUAGUUUAACUUUAAUUCCUAUGGACUUCGGUGAGUUGCACCAUUAAACUAUAGCUAUAACCGAACCAUUUUCUGUGUUUCGGAUGGCACGUUAAACUGUAGGUCUCGGCUGUCAUCGAACAUCCUUGGCAGUCGUUACGGGUAGUCAGAUGCCAGUAAGUCUGACACCAGUCUAACCAAGGGGUAUUCGGUUGCCCGGGUAACUGGAUUGAGGAGGUCAGAUAGGCUACAUCAGCUACAUCUGGUUAGACUGAAAGCCGACCUCAAAAUGGUUGGGAAUAGGCACGGAGGAUGAACCGAAUCAUUUUCAGUUGUCAAAUCGCUGAUUUGGCCAAUGCGCGGCAAGUAUACGGCUGGUUAUGGUUUGAUUAUCAUUAUAGUUAAAUGGUGCAACUGGGUCUUAGAUAUUUUACGAAAUGAUUUAAAUUAUAAACUUUCCAUUCUGUAAAUACAUAUACCUACUAUGUAUGAUUCUAUAAAAUACUGUAUGUUGGAUUUCGUGCGAAACUUUAAAAAAUAUAGUAAGUACUAAAAUAAAAUGCAAUAUGAAUAUCAGUCAUCUUACGUCCAGGACGUUCAAAGCGGGAAGUUUUGAAACAACCGAUAAAUUUUCUCCGCUUUGGUCGAACCUGGGCAUAAUUUCUGGGCCACAAAUUUAAUGUCACAAUGUUUUUAUGAAGUAUCAAAUAUCUUGGUCCAAUAGUAGAUCAUCAUCAUCAUCAUCUCAGCCAUAGGACGUCCACUGCUGAACAUAGGCCUCCCCCUUAGAUCUCCACAGGUACCUGUUGGAAGCGACCUACUAAUUGUAGAUGAGUUCGUCAAAUGUAUUGGAAACCCUGAGAUUUCUUUAAAUAAUAAACAAAAUACCUUUAUUUUCAAAAAAAUAUAAAAAUCUACUUUUGAACCAAGAUAUAUUAUUUGUUAAGAAUUUAACUCAAAACUUUUGGUAUAUGGGCCAUAUCCAAGUGACUUCAUUAAUUGCUUUACAUUAUUUAUUCUCAAUUCAUUUCCCAUUUUGUCCAGUCUUUAUUUAUUUAUGACUGUUAUAAGUCAAUCAUAUCUUAAUGAGUGAAACAUUUAAGCCUAAUUAGCCAGUCAUCGCGUCCCAAAAAAAAAAAACUAUGACUUAAAGAAAAAAAAAUUAUCACCAAAAUUAAUUAUAUUUCAAUAAUUUAAAAAACCUGUAUCAUCAUUGUAAAUAGAAUUAAAAUUUGUUUUAUGAACUAUAUUUUAAUUUAAAAAUAUACCAUGUAUUAUAAAUCGUUUAGUUUUAAAAUUAUUGCAAUGUAUGUACCUAGUUUUUUUUCUAUUUAUUUUAGUUUUUCGAUCGACCAAAAUUGUAUUGUAUGAGACCAUGACUUGUGUGUUUGUCUGUCUGUCACCCUUCCAUGAAGAUAAAGAAGAUAUUGUAAUCUAGAUAUAUAUGUUAGAUUUUUAUGGAACAAAAUUCACAGGGGGUCAAACGGGGUCAUGAUAAAGUAUUUAAAUGGGUUGAUGAUCAGGGGAUCAAAUGGGGGUCAUGUUUAGGAGGUCAAUUGGGGUUAACCCUAAGAACUCAAGUGAACCUUGGGAAACAGUUUUUAAAUAAACUACAUUUUGGUCGAUAUCUUAUUUUCUGUUACCGCCUAUUUUACUGGUCUAUUCCGUUAACUUUAAUUCCUUGUGUGCGUUUAAAGUUCAAAUGUCGUGUCAUACUGUAUAUUAUACGUAUUUUGGAUUUGUGAUGGUCGAAGCAGCUUUGUCAAAAGAUUUUUAAAAGUUUUAAAAUUAGUAAAAAUCCUUAGCAAAAUUUUCGGAAAGUACGUUUAACUGGUGGGUCCCGGUUGCCAUUUGAACAUCUUUGGCAGUCGUUACGGGUAGUCAGAAGCAAGAAAAUUAAUCUUUUUAAAGCUGCCUCGAUCUUGAAAUGUUGGCAAAUGUAUAUCAAUGUAUAUUCUACAUUAUUAUGAAAUGUAAUUAUGAUUUUUUAAGUACUUUUGUGCUAUGUUAUGAUAGUUUAAUAUACGGUUUCCUAUACUUUACACUGUAGUUUAGAAAAUUCUUACUAGUAUUAUAAAUGCGAAAGUAAACAUAUUUGUUUGUCGGGCUUUCACGCCAAAACUGACACAGACAAUCUAAAGCCUGAGGCCUGCCCACAUCCGAUAAUCGAUGACCGAUGUUUUGUACGGGAAAAAAGACCACACUGAUAGCAAUAAUGCAACGCACAUGACCAACAAAAAGUCAGCCAGAAAAUCCUAGUCAGAUAGUCCUACAAAAAAUCAGACCGAUUAUCUGUCUUACAAAAUGUCUGACGUGGGUGGGAAAUCUAAAGCUACUUUAUAUCCAGGUGAGGGAACACAGUGUAAUGUAUUGGAAAUUUGUAUUUGUGUGUUUACACGAGACCUCAUGUCGGUGUCUAUAGUAAUGUUAUAUUAUUCUCGAUCAAACAUGUAUUAAUAUUGUAUAGUAUUAUAUUAUUAUCGCGCUGUGUACGUAUCGACUUUAUUUAGAAAUAUUUUUCUCCAAUUAUUUGGAAGUUAAUUCCAUCAUCAUCAGUAUUUUUUAUCGUCCCACUGCUGGGCUGCGGCCUCCUCUCACACGGAGGAUUGAGCGUUAAUCACCACGCUUGCUCAAUGCAGGUUGCUGAUUUCAGACUUUAUAGUCCAAGUUUCCUCGAGAUGUUUUCUUUCAUCUUUUACUCAGUCAUUUAUGUCCUAGAUACUCGCCGAUAACAUAAACGUCAGUUUUCUUAAAACAAGUGUUUACUAUAAAUUUUCAUAUGUGCAAUAAAGAGAAAACAUUUUUUGUUUGGAAACAAACCCUAAAGGCUCCAAACUAAUGGACAGAUUUGAAAAAUUCUUUCACUGUUGGGGCGCUACACUCUUCCCGAGUAACAUAGGCUAUAUUUUAUCCCGGUACGGGCUUAGUUCCUUCGAGACGCGGGUGAAACCGCGGGAAAUCGUCUAGUUUUAAAUAUAGUAUGAAGUCGGUACGUAUAUAGCGCUUAUCAUUGUAUUGUAUAAUAAGAGAUUAUCUUAACAAUUGUUGUGAAGUGGGAAUUCUACGCGACUCGCGACCGUUAUGGUGUACGAAAUAUAAUUAUUUUCAGCAUUC